CCCUUCUCCAUGAUUCCAUCCCCUUCUCCCCCUCUUGAAUGAUUCCAAGCUCAAGCUCCCGCCCCUAGGGUUCCGCGCCGGCGCCGCCGCCGAUGGAACCUCCUCUCCUCCUCCUCCCCCUCCCGCUAGUGCUGCUGCUUCUUCUCGUGGGCGCGCGCGCGGCGGCGGCGGCGGGGGACGGCUGCAGCGUGGGCUCCGGCUGCGACCUCGCACUCGGCUCCUACCUCAUCUCGCAGAACGAGAACGUGACCUACAUCGCGGAGACGCUCUUCGGCAUCUCCAACUACCGCCUCCUCAUCCCCUACAACCCGGGGAGCCGCAACCUGGACUUCAUCCCGGCGGGGGGCCGCGUCAACGUCACCUUCUCCUGCCGCUGCCAGUCGCUCCCGUCCUCCCCGUCCUCCACCUUCCUCGCCAGCUCCGUCCCCUACCGCGUCUCCACGGGCGACACCUACCUCGGCAUCGCAAACCACUACAACAACCUCACCACGGAGGCCUGGCUGCAGGCCACCAACGCGUACCCGGCCAACAACAUCCCCGACUCCGGCACCGUCAACGUCAACGUCAACUGCUCCUGCGGCGACCCCGACGUGUCCAAGGAAUACGGACUGUUCUUGACGUAUCCGCUCGGGCCCAACGAGACGCUCGCCUCCGUCGCGCCCAAGUAUGACUUCGCGUCGCCCGACAAGAUUGCCCUGCUCAGGAAGUAUAAUCCCGGGAUGGACGCCGUCACGGGGCGCGGCCUCGUGUAUAUCCCCGUCCCAGAUCCCAAUGGAAGUUACCGCCCUCUAAAGUCAUCAGGAAAUGGAACUUCCACUGGAGCAAUAGCAGGAGGUGUUGUGGCUGGUGUAGUUGCACUAGUUGUCGGUGUCUUGUUUUUCUUGUUUUAUAGACGAAGAAAGGCAAAACAGGCCGCCCUGCUUGCAUCAUCUGAAGAUUCUCUUCGACUAGGCAGUGCAGUAUCCAUGGAAAAAGUGACACCAUCAACCACUCAAACUGAUGGCACUUCAUCAGCUGCUGGCAUUACAGUUGACAAAUCAGUGGAGUUCUCGUAUGAGGAACUUUUUAAUGCUACAGAGGGCUUUAACAUCAUUCAUAAAAUUGGGCAAGGUGGAUUCGGCGCUGUCUAUUAUGCUGAGCUUAGAGGCGAGAAAGCGGCCAUAAAAAAAAUGGAUAUGCAGGCUACUCAUGAGUUCCUUGCUGAGUUGAAGGUUUUGACUCAUGUUCAUCAUCUGAAUCUGGUCCGCUUGAUUGGUUAUUGCACAGAGAGUUCUUUGUUCCUUGUAUAUGAAUUUAUCGAGAAUGGCAACUUAAGCCAGCAUUUGCGUGGAACUGGUUAUGAGCCUCUGUCUUGGGCAGAAAGGGUUCAAAUAGCACUGGAUUCAGCAAGAGGUCUUGAGUACAUUCAUGAGCAUACUGUUCCAGUGUACAUACAUAGGGACAUCAAAUCUGCAAACAUAUUGAUAGACAAGAAUUCACGCGCAAAGGUUGCAGAUUUUGGUUUGACAAAGCUUACAGAAGUUGGUGGUGCGUCGUUGCAAACACGUGUUGUUGGUACAUUCGGUUACAUGCCACCAGAAUACGCUCGAUACGGUGAUGUUUCUCCCAAGGUUGAUGUCUAUGCCUUUGGUGUUGUGCUGUAUGAACUAAUUUCAGCCAAAGAUGCCAUUGUCAGAUCAACUGAAUCUAGUAGCGAUUCAAAGGGGUUGGUUUAUCUGUUUGAGGAGGCUCUCGCGGCACCAGACCCAAAGGAAGGCCUCCGGAAGCUGAUCGAUCCGAAACUAGGAGACGAGUAUCCCAUCGACGCCAUUCUCAAGAUGACGCACCUGGCGAACGCGUGCACGCAGGAGGACCCGAAGCUGCGGCCGACGAUGCGGUCCGUGGUGGUGGCGCUCAUGACGCUGUCUUCCACCAGCGAGUUCUGGGACAUGAACUCCCUCUACGAGAACCCCGGCCUGGCCAGCCUCAUGGCCGGGAGAUGAUCAUCCUGCAAGAUACUUGCCGCCUGGCUGGCAAUUGUACAUCAUCGAUCGAAUCCAUUUUUUCCACUUCUUUCCUUCCCUACCAUCUCAUCUGCCUCUCGCUUCUCGGCACUAGUAUGCGAAUUCCUGCGCAGCGAGUUAUAUAUAUGUGUAACCGUAAUGUUGUUUUUUCCUUUGUAGCGGAAAUAGGCUCUCCGCUUAUGUAGAUAGAUAGAUGUAUCAUGUAUACAAUUCAGCUCUGUCACGCACACUUUGACAAAGGAUGCGUCGAUUCUUCAAUUUAUGUCUCUCAUGUGAAAA